AUUUGUGCCCAAAACCAAGUGGAAUACGCGUGGGCUGGGCCAUGUAUACUGUCAUUCCAUAAAACCUCCAAGCUCCGCCCUUCGUACCUCUCACUUUCACCACACUGCUUCCUCCAAAUUUCUCGCGCCACCCGCAUCCCUAUCCUUCUCCGGAAACAAAUGUCUUUUGCCACCUCCUGCGCACAUAAGUGGUUACAUUCUCGUGUGCACUUGAUGAACCGGGGAAGACUGGGAAGCUUUGGGUGGAUAUUUUUCCGCCAUUGGACCUGAUAACGAUUAAAAAUUUUGUGUUUGUUGUUUGCUAGUUAGUUAUUUAACCAAAAGAUUUAUUGGUUUCCAUAAGAUAUUGAUUUUUGAACAUUUCAUUAGUUUUUUGUUUCAAUGGAAAGAUCAUCUCUCAUUCCGGGGUUUCGGUUUCAUCCUACUGAUCAUGAGUUGGUAAUGUACUAUUUGAAGAGGAAGUUAUUGGGGAAGAGAAUCAUUGUCAAUGCUGUUGCUGAAGUCAAUAUAUACGAGUUUAGUCCCUGGGAUCUUCCAGAUAAAUCCUCAUUAAAAAGUGGAGACUUGGAGUGGUUCUUUUUUUGUCCGAAAUCAAAAAAAUAUUCAAGUGGGGCCCGAUCAAACCGGACAACUGAAUCUGGGUUCUGGAAAGCCACUGGGAAAGACAGGAAGGUUGAAUACAAAGGAAGAGUUGUAGCAAGAAUCAAGACUCUGGUUUUUCAUCUAAAAACUGCAUCAGAUGGCCAAAGAACAAACUGGGUCAUGCAUGAAUACAAUAUGGAAGAUCAAAAGUUAGCUGAUGAAGGCGUCGUUCAGGAUAUGUAUGUGCUGUGUAAAAUCUUUGAGAAAGAGGGUGCAGGGCCGAAAAAUGGUGCGCAAUAUGGUGCACCGUUUAAUGAAGAAGAGUGGGAUGAUGAUGUGGCAAGCUGUUCUGGGCCCACAAACAAACCGGAUGAUAAGCAGAAGGGCCCACUCACCUUGUCUUUAACUGAACCAGGUUCAUCUACAAUCACAUAUUCUGCAAAUGAGACUGUAAUUUACAAGCAGAAAGGUCCAGCAGCUACAAUCAACAACAAGACUUUACCUCAAAGUACAUGUACCCUAACUGAACCAGCUCCAUCUUCUUCUGCAAAUGCAAAUGCAAAUGAUACACCUGGCAAUGAUGAUGAUGUCAUGCUUUAUGAAGACCUUGCCUCGAUUUUCGGGGUGCCUACUGGUGGCCUUAAUAGCAACAACAAAGACAAGGGGGUUGAAGUCAAAGGCGUGGGACCCAAUGAAGAUGAAGGUAUUUUUGGUGACUUGGUGAACUUGGUUAAUCUGGAUGACUUUGUAGGAGCUGAAUUAAAUAGGUUUGAGACUGAUGGAAGUGAGUACACGAUGGGCAUGAUGAUGGGAGCUGAUGAUCUUGAUGUUGAUCUGGGAAGAUUUUGUGUCGAUUGAAGGGAUGGUUUUUGGAUGAUGUUGGAAACUUGCUACUUGUGCUGAUGAUGAUUCCUAAUCCUGACUGAAGGUGAUUUUUGUAAUUUGGUGGCCAAUGUAUGACUGACUAUUUGGCCUAAUUUAUGGCUUUAAAAAUUUGCUGGAUUCUUUGUAUAUUUUGAAUUUCCUGAAUAAAUUUGUUUGUUUCUAUUA